GAAAAUGACACCUUAAAAAUUUUGAUUUUUGAUUUCGAGGAAUGGUAUACGGAUAAAUAUCGUCAAUGUCCUUUUUUAGUUCAUCUAUUUGAGUCUAAAAGUGAUAAAAGUUUAGUUGAGGACAGUAUUUAUUGAAUUUAACUCACGACAAUAACAAAAACUAAAAUGCAUUCGUGUCGGCAAAUAUUAUAUAGUCCGGCCCGCUGGAAAACGGUAGUACCCGUAAAUCUAAAAUCGUCCGUAAUUCCUUUAAAAUCAGACCAGUAUACAAUAGAAUGUCGCCAUUAUUCUGCCCGGAAAGGUUUCUUCUCUUCAAUCAUAGAAAAUAUUAAAGAGGACAUUGCUAAAAAUAAAGAAAUGAAAGAAAGCAUAAAAAAAUUUAGAGAAGAAGCGCAAAAAUUAGAAAAUUCUGAAGCUUUACAAGCGGCAAGGAAAAAGUUUCAUGUAGUUGAAUCCGAGGCUUCAAAAAGUUCAGAGGUAUUUAAAGAAACACUGGAAGGAAUUAAAGGAAAAAUGGAACAUGUUUUAGAAGAGGCAAGUAAAACUGAUAUUGCCAAAAAGGCAGGAAGGAUAACAGAAGAUCUUUCAAAGUCAGCAAAAGGUGCCGCAGAAAGCCUUGCUGAUAGAAGUCAAAAAUUAGGGCAGUCCACAGCUUUCAAAACUAUUUCACAGGCUACUGAAGUAGUUCGGAAUGAGAUAUCGCCUAGAGGGCUCGAAGGUCGGGUAUACACCUCACCUAUCAUGCUUCGGAAACGAGUUGAGGUGGCCGAAGAGGAAAGAACAUUUGCACCAGAUACGGAAACACUUGGUGUAGAACUACACAAGGAUUCAAAGUUUUACCAGCAAUGGGAGAAUUUCAAAAACAACAACCAGUAUGUCAAUAAGGUUUUAGACUGGAAAAUACGUUAUGAAGAGUCGGAUAACGCGAUGGUUCGAGGUGCUCGUUUCGUCUCUGAAAAGGUUGGUAACUUAUUUGGUAAUAUGUUUGAGAAGACAGAACUUUCUAAAACACUAACAGAAAUAUGCAAGAUUGAUCCCAAUUUUACUUCUCAAAAAUUCCUCGAAGACUGUGGAAAUGAUAUCAUACCAAAUAUACUAGAAGCUAUGGUGAGAGGUGAUUUGGAGAUUUUAAAAGAUUGGUGUUACGAAGGAGUUUUCAAUAUUUUGGGAACACCGAUCAAGCAGUGCAGACAACUUGGUUAUCGGUUGGAUUCCAAAAUACUCGAUAUUGAGAAUAUUGAGCUGGUGAUGGGGAAAAUGAUGGAUCAAGGUCCAGUGUUAGUGAUAACAUUCCAGUCUCAGCAAAUUAUGUGCGUAAGAGAUUCCAAAAACAAUGUGAUAGAGGGAGAUCCCGAUAAAGUAAUGAGGGUGAAUUACGUUUGGGUACUUUGUAGGGAUCCACAGGAACUUAAUCCUAAAGCGGCUUGGAGAUUGCUUGAAUUAUCAGCAAACAGUGUAGAACAGUUGAUAUAGUUUGUUGUAGUGUACGUGUGCGGUUCAAAGUAAAUGUGUUACUAAAUUGUACCUUGACAAUGCAGAGCUUUAGGUAUCUAAAGAAAUUAGAUUUCAAUUCAGAGAGGUUUAAAUUUUACAUGUCCAAUUAAUUUGCUGAAGUGCAGCCCACUAAGUGUAUAAAUAAAUUGUUUCACUUUAGUGUCAAACAUAAAUGGAAUUUCUUUAGCACAGGACUAAUAAUUGUUGAUGUUGUCAUGGUAUGCUUCAAGUAAACUAUGCUAACUUAUGAUUCAUUUUCAGUUCUCUUAUAACUAAAUGCUGAUUGACAAACAAGAUUUUAUUUUCCUAUUAACAAGAUUCAUUGUUCUUAAAUGGCUGUAGAUUCUGUAAUACUAUUGUGAAUAGUACAAAAUGGCAUCAACCGAUACACCCAAUUCAGUAUUUAUUUUUGUAUACUGUUGUGGGUUUUGUAUGUAUUUUCUGUUAAUAAAUUGUUUCGUUAAUAA